ACACGAAAUUUACAUUGUCAAACAAUCAACACUGAAUAAAAUAAAGUAUAAAUAAUAUUAUAACAACUGUUUAUAUAAUUCAAUAUUGCAAGAUGUCUAACAUUGAGACACCUAUACCUUUAUCGGAUAUCGAAUCAGUUUUGGCUUGGGUUGACACGUUCAAACUAUCUCGACCUACGAAGAAGAUUAAUCGGGACUUUUCUGAUGCAGUCCUUCUAGCAGAAAUUCUCAGCGUGCACUACCCAAAGCUGGUGGAGAUGCACAAUUAUCCACCUCGCAACAGUCACUCUUUGAAGCUGAACAACUGGAUGACGCUGAACAGGAAAGUGCUGAAGAAGCUGAAGCUCAAUCUAUGCUGCAAUACCAUGGAACAGCUCGCUAACUGUGCCCCGGGGAUCAUCGAGAGGGUACUUGUUAUGGUUCGGGAUAAGAUUCGUCGUGACGAGGAGUUACACAAGGCUGCGAAGGAACAGGAACAGAACCUGUCCAGCGGUGGCAGCUACUACGAAGCUUGUGGAGACGACGAACACGUACUGGUUAUACCAGUUAAAACAAGAGUCAACGGAGUGCUGGAGAGUUUGCAGCAAAAGGUCAUCAAUUACGAGUCGUACUGCGCUCUCAAAGAGGAGCUCAAGGAUGCUAAGGAGGCUGCAGAAGUACUGAAACAGAAGGUUGAACACCUAGACAAUCUAUUGAAAUUAAAAGAAGAAAGGAUCGAUGAAUUGCAAAACCAGUUGGAGAGGAAACAAGCUCGGCGAAAGGAGGUGGAAGCCCUCACAAACACUAUAUCUGUACCAUUCGAAAACGCCCCUCCGACGCCAAAAAUUAAUGAACCAAUCAUACAGCCAAACAAAACGAAUUCCCUUAAAAAUAUAGACUCUAAAAGUAAGAUAGAUGAUUCCAAAAUACCUGUCGCUAAAGAAUCUUUGAAAAGUAUUCCUAAAUCAAGCCUCACUGAAGUCAGUAUCACAGAGAGUGAGAAAUGUACGGCAGACAGAAUAAAAUCCGAUGUCUUCAUUGAAAUGGAAGAAAGAGUCGAAGAUUAUCCUGAUGCUGAAGUCUUUGAAGAAUUUAAGGACAGUGAACAAGAAAACCUCGUAAUGACAAUCGAAGAUACGAUACAGAAGGAACUAAAAGAUAUUACAGAUAAACCAAAGGAAUUUGGACAAGAUUUGAACAUGAUUUUUAAUAAGAAUUGAACUUUGGUGCUUAUUGUUAGGACGUGUUAUCGUAUGGCUCGGAAGAAUAAUGUAAAAAAUAUCAUGAAGAUAAAUAAUCUUGAAAUUAAAUGCGAAGGAAAAUGGUAUUGUAUAAAGUUUGUUAAAAAUUUUGUGAUUAUGAAGUGAUCGUGUUUGUCUGUUUGAAAAUCAUAAACAAAUAAUGGAUUUUGCAUUAUUUUUGUAGUUGUGGUUGAAGUAUUAUGUAAGGACUUAGUUGGUAAAGAAUUCGAUGGAAAGAGACGAAUUUAUAGUGGCAGCACUAUCGCUUUAUGUCUUUCCAGAGUCAUCUUUUCAGCUACACUUCUGUCCAUUGUCUACGAUAGAAAAAAAUGUUUUUGGAUAUACCAAAUUAUACUAGUCAUUAUUAACAGUAGGUUUAAA